AUCUUCUUAUAUUUGCCUUAAUUUUUGUGUCUGCGCGUCUACCAGAGGUCCAAGCAGGCCUCGUUUUUUAGGCCUGUACGGCCUGUCAGGGUCUGUCAAAUUUUUCGAGUGUGUACAAUAAUGAUGACAGACUAGAAACCAUAUAUCCAAAGAGGGCACUAGGUCUAUUACUCAACCCGAUCCUGACCCAGCUGUCAUAGGCAUCACCCAUGGUUUUCUGACUAAUGAAAGUGACAGGCCCAGACAGGCCAAAAAUUGCUUGAACCUCUGACUUUCACUAGUCGGAAAACCAUGGGUGAUGCCUAUGACAGUCGGAUCAGGAUCGGGUUGAGUAAUAGACCUAGUGCCCUCUUUGAAUAUAUGGUUUCUAGUCUGUCAUCAUUAUUGUAUUCGCUCGAAAAACUUGACAGGCCGUACAGGCCUAAAAAACGAGGCCUGUUUGGACCUCUGGUACGUAUGAUUCAAUAUUUACUUGUACAUAACUCGAUGUUUUCUCAAAAACAUUUUCUAAAUCUCUUUGACUAAGAAAAUAUUAUUAUUAGUGAUCGAAGGUAGUGAAAACAAUUGAUGUUUCAGCAAGAAUUAUGAUGCACUGCACAAAUCUAUAAACCUAAUGUAAAGAGAAAAAAAUAUUCAAUUCUUGUAGCUUCGCCACCUCUAGUUUGAAAUAUAACAAUUAGUUUAACUCGAAAUGUUCAUGGCAUUUAUUAUCGAACAUAUUCUAUUUAAAACAAUGAUCAUAUCUUGAAGAUUUUCUCUAAAGAAAUUGCAAUAAAAUAAUGAUAGUUUUCCUACCAUGUCCAAUACUUAUUUUUCAUAAAGGAUUGAUCGAUUACAAAUUCGAGUGUUGUUUUUUAUUUCUUCUGAUGCAUGCAUUGUAUGAUUAAUGAUAAUAAUGGCUGACAUAAAGAUGAAAAUCAUAUUAGAUAGUGAUGAAGAAUUCAAUGAAAGUCAUUAAUAAUUCACAAUGAUUAUCAAUGGAAUUUCUGUCUAGUAAAAGUACGAAAUAUAAUGAAAUUUCUUCUAGUAUGAACAGGAAAUUUUCAGCAAAAUCUCUUGAGAUAUGUAAGUUAAUGUCACAUGAUGACAAGAAAUGUUAAUCAUAUUUGUCACAUGAUUUUUGAACAAAAAUUAAGUGUUUCACACUCUCACAAUUAAUACAAUGGAAUGAUAUUCAUAAUAAAAUGUUUGAUAAAAAGAUUAUCAUUUAGUAGAGUUUUAUCGAUUAUAUACUAUCAAAUAAAAUGACACGAUAUUGUUAUAUCAUCAAUAAUUGAUAAACAAAAAACACUAAAAAUAAAACUUUAAAUUUUAGUUCAAAUGAUAGUACUGUUUCGAUUAUUCUUCAAAAUCGUGCAUGUGGCACUGAUAAUAAUUUACAUUGUACUUAUAAUCGAACAUUUACACCUCAAACUGAUGAAGAAUAUAUUUUGGCAGCAAGAAAUGCAACACUUGCCGUAUUUUUUGAUGUUUUAGAAGAUGGUUAUCCAGAUUUACUUGUUUUACAAGGAAGUUCAAAACAAAAUUUUCAAUUAAUUGGUUUUCAAAAUUCUCUUGUUCAAGAUGUACAUUUUAUUAAAGUGAUGGGUAAAUUAAAUAUAAUAUGA